AUGGUGGAAAAAAGCAACAUGACCAGUGUGAUCAAUACAUUCCUUCUUUUAGGAUUUCCAACAUCUCGACCUGUUCAAAUCCUGCUGUUUUUCAUCUUUUUAGUUGCUUAUGUUUUGAUUAUUGUGGAGAACAUUUCGGUCAUUGUCAUCAUCUGGACAAGUUCCAACCUGCACAAACCUAUGUACAUCUUCUUGGGACACUUGUCGUUCUUAGAAGUGUGGUAUGUUACGGUUACCGUACCCAAGCUGCUCUCCAUCUUUCUGACAGAAGGCAAGGAGAUCUCACUCGCUGCUUGCAUGUCACAGCUUUACUUCUUCAUUGCAUUGGUCUGCACAGAAUGUGUCUUACUGGCUGUAAUGGCAUUCGACCGUUAUGUGGCAAUAUGCAAUCCCUUGCAAUAUGUCACCAUCAUGGACAGAAAUACCUGCUUUACUCUGGCAUUAUGCUCUUGGGUCAUUGGCUUCCUAAUAUCUUUGAUUAAAGUUUAUUAUAUCUCUAGUCUCAAUUUUUGUCUUUCGGGACAAAUAAACCACUUCUACUGUGACAUCUCCCCUGUCCUCAACCUUUCCUGUACGGACAUGAGGGUGGCUGAGCUUGUUGACUUUAUCCUUGCUUUAUUUAUUCUUCUAGUCCCACUUAUGACUACGUUCAUUUCUUAUACUUGCAUCUUGACCACCAUUCUUAGAAUCCCAACCUCCACUGGUCGCAGAAAAGCUUUUUCCACCUGUGCUUCCCACUUAGCUGUGGUUGUCAUUUUCUAUGGGGCCACUUUAUUCAUGUAUGCAAGGCCCAGCAGAGCACAGUCUUCUAAUUAUAACAAGUUGAUAUCUGUUAUUUACACAGUGAUUACACCAUUGCUUAAUCCAAUCAUCUACUGCUUGAGAAACAAGGAAGUGAAGGAGACUGUAGGGAAGUUACUUUUAAAACUUGUUUAUACCUCACAAUGCUAG